GAGGGGAGGGGGUAAAGGGUAAAGAACGUAAAAGGAAGCUCAAUUCUUUAGUUUUCUUUAUUCUUCGCCUUGGUGUGGCGAAUUUAAGCUGUUCAGUUGUAACGAAAUUCAUACAAGCCAAAGAAGUCCUCCUGAUGUCGAGUAUAUCUCAACGCUCGAGAGGGAAGGGAUGGAAAUUGUUAUCUUGUUUAUGAAACACUGACAGGUUUAAAGCUCAAUUGUUGGAUUCAGUUUAUCUGAGAUGUGGGACUUUCUCAAUUUUCAAUAUUUAACAUUCGUAUGAUUUUAAGUUUCUUUAAAAUAUCAGGGUUGAUGAAUAAAAUUUAGUUAUAGUAGGUGAAAAUAAAAACAUAAACAAAAAUGGCUGUUUUUAGUAAAUACAAUGUCUUAGACACUACUUGCAAGGCCUAUGUGCAUCCAUGGAGUGAUUCUUGCACAGCUGCUUCCUUGGACCUUUUAUUACCAUGCUUGAAGGAGUCUUUUAGGAUUUAUUUAAUUGCAUAUAGUGUUGCACUGAUUAUGAGGAAAAAGGUGCCCUCAAAAGUUGAAAUCAAACACACAAUUUUAGGAAUCAUUCGAUCUUGUAUAUUUCUGACUUCUCAUGGUAUAGGUUACUCGGCAGUGUUGUGUUUUUUGAGGAGAAUCUUUGGAAACUUCAAUUUUUUGACUGUAUCGUUUCUACCAUCUUUUUUAUCCAGUAUAAUUUCUAUUUUAAUUGAGCGACCUUCAAGAAGAGGGCUGUUAAGUUUAUAUGUCACCAAUGUAGCUUCAGAAACAUUGUUCAAAAUGGUGGUUUCUCGUAAUUUAAUUAAACCAAUUCGCUAUGGUGAAGUACUUGUUUUCGCAUCAUCUAUUGCUUAUUUAUUAUAUUUUUAUAAAGGACGUGGCUUACCUAGGGACCCAAUUUAUUCAUUACUGAGAUUUCUUAUUGGACCUUAUGAUGAGCAUGGUUUUUGUAAGGAAGAAAAAUUGUCUUAUCCUCCUACUCGCCAAUUUGUAACUGAUGAUCUUGACUUUUUCUCAAAACUUUCUAUAAAACUAAAAUACAGAUUCAAAGAAAUGAUUCACAAAAUCAAAAUACUCUCUUCACAUCCAUCAUGCCCUCAUCCAUUCAGCUGUUUGUAUUAUACUCUUCAAGGUUCCUCUAAAACUUUUGCAGUAGGUUUAGUCCUGCAACUGGCUUUGAAAAUAAUUAUGAAUUUUAAGAAAUUAAUUAAAAGACCUUCAAAUUUGAAAAACAUUGUUUUACAAAAAGAAAUCUUGAGAUUAGGAGCCACAUUUGCCAGUUUUACUGCUUUGUUCAGGGGAGUAGCCUGUUUACUGAGAAGAUUUAGAGGUUCUGAUUCUGACCUGAUAGCGAUUCCAGCUGGUUUUAUUGCAGGCUUGGCUUUCUAUUUGUCCAGAGAUAAUACGAUUGCUCUCUAUUUUAUGUGGAAAACAUUCCAGAUAUCAUACAACUUAGGUGUUGAGAAAGGUUAUGUUGUAGACAUUCCAUACGCCAGUGUGUUUUUCCAUGCUUUUUCCACAGCCAUCUUAUUUCAUGUUGCCAUUGUGGAGCCUGAAAAUCUGAGGCCUUCAUAUUGGAGAUUCCUCCAGUCUAUGUCCAAUGGAAGGAUUGCUCAGAUGGAUAGAAAAUGUAUAGACGCUUUUGGAUUAAAAACAAGUGAAUCGUUAGCUGUUGUCUUAGCUAGGGAAAACAAAGUUCCAAUAUUGACCAAUCACUGACUUAAACCAUCGUAAUUAUUUUUUCUUUACCCAGGAUAAUUGAGUUUUUAGAUAAAAUUCUUUUAUUUUAUUUUUUACUGUUUUAUGGUGAGGUAUUUGUUUUUAGUAUUGAUUCCCCAGUUGUCACUAAAAGCUAUGUUGAUGAAUGAAAAAGAAGCUUCAUUAAUAGAUACAAAUGAAUCAAAAUAUUAAUUGAUUAUUGUGAUUGCAAGCAAGAUUAAUAUGUGACAUUAUCAGAUCAAUUUAUUUGGUGCAAAAAGUUAUAUAAUAUUGUAACCUAAACAAAGAGAAGUAGAUAUUUCAAUUAAUCAAGUCAUUUUACACUUUUUAGAGAAUGAAAUAAUUUUGGAAAAUUACUAAAUGUUGUAGUAGUGAGGACAUAUUAUAAAUAUCACUUUAUCAAAAUUAAUGCAUCUUUAACAGUCUUAUGAAAUAUCAGAAAAUGAUGAAGUCUGUGACAGAAAAAUUUAUGGAAACUUAAAGUAAUUUUAUUUUUUGUAGACUAAAAAGAGUUAUUUACUUUUAUUUUUUUAUUAUGGAUAAAAGAAGAGAGGCCUUUAUGUUCAGAGUUAG